AUGGCGACCACAGCGAGCGAGUCGUCUCCCCUACUUCCACAGCAUGCGUCUCCCAGCGAGUCACCAUCUCGCCCUGGAUUACGCACUCAAAGGACUGUCACCUUCAACCCUUUGGCAUCUGUUAGCACCCAAUCCGGGGCCACAUCCUCUGCAGUUCUGAGACCCGUACAAAGUCCUUCGGCCGCCUUGACCGGCUCCAACCAAGCAGUUCGAGAACAACCGCCCAUGCUGAGUGCAUUCAACUCGAAACUGCGCAGAAGAAAUAGCCACGGAGCCCCGUUACCGACCACACAGCCAUUCACUGCGGCUCCAAGAGCAGGCGCUCAGAGGACGACCAAAACCACGGAGAAAUUAAAGAUAUUGCCCAACCCGGACAUUGGUGACGAAGAACGAGAUGAGGAAAGUGGAAGAGAUGUGUAUUCUCAGUUCACGAGAAUAAAAGACCCCACAGCCAGGAGGGAUGCCGCUAGGUUGGGGAAGGCGGACAGGGAUCGGCUGCCUCGAGUGACCGCAUACUGUAUGGCACAGGGGUACCGACUUGAUGGGAUUAUGAAAUUCAUGAAGUCGAGAUCGAGGACGAGAGGUGCCAACCCCAAGCUAUUCGACGAAUGUCUCUAUAGCCCCUACGACUAUGAAUAUUUGAAGAAGAAGAACAAAGGAGGGGACAGAAGUUCAAGUCCAGUCGAGGAGAGGAUUGCAAGAGUCAUGGCUUCCCCGAGAAUAGCGCCCCGAGAAAGGCGGUUCUCAGAUAGCGCGGUGGAAGUGGAAGACAACAACAAAGCCAGAAGAGAUCACCUCCUCGACCUGCAAGAAGAGCUGAGUACACCGACCGGUACAGCUGCAACAACAGAAAACACAACGACAGACCUGACUGCCCUUGCCAGCCAUUCUUCGACCGACCUCCGCCAAACCGAAAGCGAUGCGAUGCGUCAACGGUCGGACUCAGAAUUCUCCACGACUGUCCACAUACCCGAAAUCUUCAUAUUUGACUACGGCACCGUCGUCAUCUGGGGCAUGACGGUUCAACAAGAGCAAAGGUUUCUCCAUGAUAUGUCCAAGUUUAGUGAUGCGCCCUUACCUACCGAAUCUGUCCAAACCGAGAACUUCAACUUCUACUACACGAAGGAAUACCAAGCCCGGAUAUACAACGACUUCAUCUCUCUACGGGAGCCACGGAAUCAUAUGAUCAAACUGGCCAUUUCACACGCCCUGUCCCAGUCCGUCAAGACGAGUCUAUUUGAGGACCUCGUUAGCGAGACUAUCGAAACAACAGCACCUUUACCGGCGCUGAUCGCCCAGACCGGCAGUGUCAACUUGACUAGACGCCAGCUGAAUAUGCAAAUUGGAGAGCUGUUUAUCCUGCGGAUUAAUAUCCACUUGCAGGGUUCCGUUCUGGAUUCUCCCGAGUUGAUGUGGUCGGAACCGCAUCUGGAACCCGUGUAUGCGGCUGUCAGGAGUUACUUAGAAAUUGAGCAGCGCGUUGGGUUGUUGACAGAGCGGUUGGAUGUCAUUGCCGGUGAGUGUUAA